AUGGCAUCGUCGCGACAGCGUGACAUAUCCUCCUUCUUUGGGGGCGCACGUGUGAAGCCAGCCGCUGUGUCGCUGGCGGCCACGUCACCUGUUCGGCAGGCGUCAUCUGAGCCCAAGCCAGAGCCUUGCGCCGAGGCUGAUGAGGGCAGCCCCAGCCCAGCAGCAGCAGCUGCCAAGUUUGCAAAGGUGGAAGGUGUGGGCUUGGGCUCCAUCAAGGCUGCCGCCGAGCAUGCCGACUUUGAUCUGUCCAAGGUCAUUACUUGGACCCUCGGCAGCCCGGUGCCCUUUGGCUUCCUGGCCGACACCUUUGAGGCCAUCGCGGAGGAGAGCAAGCGUCUGGUGAUCACGCGCAUCCUGAUCGGCGCCUUCAGGGCGGUCAUCGCCAGCACCCCCGCCGAUCUCCUGCCCAUGAUCUACCUGUGCACCAACCGGGUGGCCCCGGCGCAUGUGGGCCUGGAGCUGGGCAUCGGCGACGCGACAUUGAUCAAGGCGCUGGCGCAGGUGACGGGGAAGAAGGAGGCGGCGGUGCGGGCCGAGUACGGCCAGUGCGGCGAUCUGGGCGCGGUGGCGGCCGCAGCGCGCGGCCUGCAGAAGACCAUGUUCCCGCCGCCGCGGCUGACGGUGCCGGGCGUGCUCCGCGCCUUCCGUGACGUGGCUGCUGCGGAGGGCUCUGGCAGCCAGGACCGCAAGAAGGCCAUGAUCGUGAAGCUGCUGGUGGCGGCGCGCGACAACGAGGCCGGGUACGUCAUGCGCGCGCUGCAGGGCAAGCUGCGCAUCGGCCUGGCCGAGCAGACCGUGCUGGUCGCGCUGGCGCACGCCGCCGUGCUUUCCUCCGAGGCGGCUCGCGCGGUGAAGCUGGCCUACUCCCAGUGCCCCAGCUACGACGACCUGGUGCCGGCGCUGCUGGCGCAUGGCCCGCUGCGCCUGCCCGACCACAUCUACUCGAGGAACUCGGAGGACAACACCGGCAAGUACCCGGACAUCGCAGCCCUGCUGCCGCGCAUGAUCAAGCCCGGGGUCAAGUCAGCGGUGCUGGAUGCCGAGGCCGUCGCCUACGACCGCGUGGAGAAGCGUGUGCUCCCAUUCCAGGUGCUGAGCACGCGUGCGCGCAAGGACGUGUCCCUGGCCAGCAUCAAGGUGGCGGUCUGCGUCUUCGUCUUCGACUGCCUGUACCUGGACGGCCGGGUGCUGGUGCAAGAGUCGCUGACGACGCGGCGCGAGGCCAUGCGCGCCGCGCUGAGUGAGGCCCCCGGCGAGCUCCAGUUCGCCACGGCCAAGGUGUCGACGGACGUGGAGGAGCUGAGUGCCUUCCUGGACGACGCGGUGGAUGCGGGGACGGAGGGGCUGAUCGUGAAGACGCUGGGCGAUACCUACGAGCCCAGCCGCCGCUCCAGCCACUGGCUGAAGCUGAAGAAGGACUACCUGGAGGGGGUGGGGGACACCUUCGACCUGGUGCCCAUCGGCGCCUGGCACGGCCGCGGCAAGCGCACGGGUAUGUACGGCUCCUACCUCCUGGCGGUGUACGACCCGGAGAACGAGGAGUAUCAGACCAUCAGCAAAAUCGGCACCGGCUUCAGUGAGGAGCUGCUGAAGCAGCUGGCAGAGUCCCAGAAGGAGCUGGUCAUCCCCGGUCCGCGAAAGUACUACAACUGGGGCGAGACGCUGGAGCCAGACGUCUGGUUCGAGCCCAAGGCGGUGUGGGAGAUCAAGGCGGCAGACCUGUCCAUCUCCCCGGUGCACAAGGCUGCCACUGGGCUGGUGGACGCCACCAAGGGGAUCUCCAUCAGAUUCCCGCGGCUCAUGAGGGUGAGGGAUGACAAGGGGCCGGAGGACUCCACCAGCCCUGCCCAAGUGGCGGAGAUGUAUCAGGCCCAGGCCGUGGUCCAGCAGAACAGCAAGGCAUCCAAGCCUGAUGUCGAUGAUGACUACUAG